CUUAACCUGUCUACUUAAAUACAAAAUAGAAAAUAUUGCAGUAAAGCAUGGUACAGAUAAAGAAAUAUUUGGAUUUUCACAUGUUUGUUCGGAUAGUUACAACAAGUACUGCUUUGAUAAUGAUUCUUUAGAUAAACUCAAUAGUACAUGUGAGAGAAAGUCAGUACGUAGAAAAUGUAAUAUUAGGGAAGGUAACUCAUACACACCAUGUAAUGGUAGAAAAUGUUAUAUUUUUAAUUAUGGCCUAGCAUACAAACCGUGUAAUGAAACUGAGCCACUAGCACGCCUCAUCACGUAUGACUGUGUCCCCUUGCCUAGUACAAAGUGGACACAAACUGUGGACUUUUACGGCUUUCAAGCAGUUGGAAAAAUGCAUAUAUUUUUUCAGUGGCUCGGUCAUCCGUGGCGGAGAGGAUAUACUUGGGGAAUCGCAACAGCUCAUGGUGACCCAAUAGAAGAAGUAACAAGACAAAUUGCAUGCGAUAAACUCUCAUUAAGCCUUGGUUUACAGAGAAAUGAGAUAUCUGUUUUUGCUAACCCUGAGCAUUGGGAUUUGAAAUGCAGUCCAAUAGCAAAACAUGUACAUGAUUGUAAAAUAAGAGAUAAGAAGGGAGGAAAUUACUGGUCAGAUAUUAAACAUCAAAGAAUACAAUGUAAUAAAAGCAAUUCUGCUGUUGAUGACAGGUUUGGGCCUUGUCGUCGCAUUCAUCCCGAUCGCAACAAAGAACACACUGUGUGUGGUUAUGGUCAAAAGGACCCUGACCCGCCCGUGGAUUUAUGCUGUCGCUGUUGGAUGUUUUUUGAAGAUCCAUUCUCAUAUGAAAUUAUGCCUUUGGGAUCUAUGUCAAAGGCUGCAAGAACUGCAUGUGGAUUCAAGG